GAUUGAUCAAGUGGUCGAAAUUUUGUUUGUAAAUUUGGAGAGCGAAAUGGCUGUAUCGUUACAGUGUAAAGUUAUAUAUGGCUUAAAAACAGAUAUUAUUGGAAAUGCUCAUUACAUUACAGACACUGAGAUUUUAUAUCCUGUAGGAAAUGCAUUAUCAAUACAUAAUAUUUCUCAGCAACAACAAAAAUUGAUACAUUUACCUUCUAAACUUCAAAUAAAUAUUAUUUGUGUUGCGCCGAAUAAGAAAUAUGCUGCUUUAUGUGAGACUGGUGAGAAGCCCACUAUAUCUAUUUACGACCUUCAUUCCUUAAAAAGAAGAAAAUCUUUAGGAAUACCGUACGAGGCGCACAAUGCAAUUAAAUUUAAUUGUAUUGAUUUUACCUUUGAUAAUAAAUAUUUAGCAGCUGUAACAGGAGAACCCGAUCAAACUAUGCUUUUUUAUAAUUGGGAAAGAGGCAAAGUAGAGUCUAGUUUAAAAGUAGGUAAUCCGCAGGAUGCAUCUGCCAUUGUUAAUAUAAUAUCCUGCAAUCCAUCAGAUAUAGGGGUAAUGGCAAUCGGUGGCCCACACGUAUUCAAAUUUUUAACUCUUUCCGAUACAGUAUGGCGUUCAUAUGGAUUUUCAAAAGCUGAGAAUAUAUUAAUAUGCUCUAUGACUUGGUUGAAUUCGGAUAGGCUUUUAGCAGGUACAAAAGAUGGAAGAAUAUUGUAUAUGGAAAAUGGUGAUUUGAAGAACAUUUAUCAAAUGAGCGAGACUAUGUCUAUGCAUCUAAAAAUUCAUGAAGAAUAUAUUGUUCACACUGCUGCCUCUCCAUUAGCUUUAGAAGAUAAAAUUAAUGAUAGAUGGGAACAUGAUAUUCUUUCUUUGAUAUCAUUUCCAAAAGGCUUCGCAUACGCCUUAGGUCCAGGAACAAUAGUAGUUUUUGAAAAAGAAGGCCCACAUAAAUAUGUCAAAAGAAAUGUCUACUUGGUACCUUCACAAAUGGCUAAAACUGAUACAUCGGAUUUGUAUAAAGUUAAUACAAUAAAUAUUAAUAUAAAUUUUGAUCACCUAUUGGUAACUACAGGAUGGUCUCAAUUAUUUUAUAUAACACUAUGGGGUCCAGAUUUAAAUAUGGACCCAGAACCAAAAGAAAUGAGCAUAUUGGGCCAACCAUUGCAUUAUGGCCCUAUUAGCGAUUUGUCUAUGUGCGCAUGGAAGCCAAUUUUUAUGACCUCUGGAGAAAUUGACAGAAGCAUACGUAUAUGGAAUUUUGAAACUGUUAGCUUAAUCAUGGUUAAGCAAUACGAAGAAGAUAUCUGUUCUAUUGCUUUACAUCCAAUGGGUUUAUUUUGUCUUGUUGGAUUUGUCGACAAACUUCGUUUUAUGUGUAUAUUAAUAGAUGAUUUACUCCCUAUAUAUGAAUUUUCAAUAAGAAAUUGUAAAACUGUAGUUUUCUGUCACAGCGGACAUCUGUUCGCCGCUGUAAAUGCAAAUGUUAUACAAGUUUAUACAACUAUUGGCUUUUAUAAUCGUUUCCUAUUGAAAGGGCAUAUAGCAAGAGUAAAAGGCUUAAUAUGGUCUCAAACAGAUACCAAGUUAAUAAGCAUGGGCGAAGAGGGUGCCAUUUAUGAAUGGGAUAUAAAUACCGGACAGCGUACUGCAGAGAUCAUAUUAAAACAUAUCAUUUUGUAUGAUAUUGCAAUAGCUGCCGAUCAAUCCUUCUUAUAUUGUAUCGCUAAUGACAAUCGAAUACGUAAGAUUAAAAGUGAUACGGUUGUAUCUGAGUUUACCUUAAUGGAUAAGGCGAUAGAUCGUAUGGUAAUGGGGAAGAACGAUACGUUCUUAUUUCUUACUUGUUUGGGAGGUAUUAUAUUGUCAUUGAAAUGUCCUCUUCAAUUAUCCGUUGAAUUUCUAGAUUUUCAUAUUCAUUCUAGCGAUAUUACAAAGAUAGCUCUUUCUUAUAACGAACAGUAUUUAGUGUCCACUGAUAAAGAUGGUAGUUUAUGCAUUUGGAAAUUAUAUUAUGCAGAUGGAAAAGUGAUAACAGCGGAUAAAGGCCUUAUAUUUAUUGAUGAAGUAUUGAUUGGUAAAACGGAUUUGGAAAAAAAAAUACAAAUGAUCAGUGAUUUGACGAUAAGAAUGCGGGAAUUGGAAACUGAACAUGCAUACAGAAUAAAACAAAUGGAAGGUCAGCAUAAUGAUAAAAUGCGUGAGGUACAUCAGGGAUAUUGCGCAGCUAUUCAAGAAUUAAAAGACAAGAUGGAUAAAUCGCAAGAAGAUCAUACAAAUGAAUUAAAUGAUAUUAAUGUGGAAAUAAUGAAGAUGAAAGGUAUUCAUGAAGAAGCUAUGGAACAAAUGGAGAUUAGUUACGAUGCCAAAUUAAUUGUGGAAUAUGACAAGUACCAGGCGUUGGAGGAAAAAACUAACAUUAUGCGCCAACAUUAUGAAAAGCGUUUGCUCGAUUUGGAGAAGCACAGUGGGGAUGUACUCCAGCAAACUAUAGUUAAAUAUGAGGGACUCGUUCAUGAGAAAAAGGUACAACUAGAUGAAACUCAAGAGGAAAUGGAAUAUCAAGCGCGUACACAGGAAUUAUUAAUGGCCCAAAUAGAAGAUGAUGCCGAUAGAGAAAUAAUUGAUAUACGUACGAAUUAUGAAAAUGUUUUGUAUGAGGAGAGCCAAAUGAAUUUAAGGCUGAAAGGUGAAGCUGGAGUGUUACGUAAUAGAUAUAUGGCCGGUCAAAGGGACAUAGAAGAGUUGAAGAGGCAGGUUCAGCGUGUACAAGGUGAAUAUGGUCAAUUUCAGAAAACUAUAUUAGAAUUGGAAAAGGACGUGUCGGAUUUAAAGAAAGAAAUUAACGAAAGGGAUAUAACAAUUCAAGAAAAGGAGAAGCAUAUGUAUGAAUUGAAACGCACUAAUCAAGAACUAGAGAAAUUCAAGUUCGUUUUAAAUUAUAAAAUUCAAGAGUUAAAGAAUCAAAUUGAACCUAGGGAUCAGGAGAUCAGAGAUCUUAGGGAGAAAAUACAUGAUAUGGAAACAGAAUUAGUAAAUCUUCAUAAGACAAAUGUUAGUUUAGAAUUGCAAUUACAUGAAUUAAAAGAAAAAUUAGCAACAGCACGACGCGAGAUUCAUAUCGAAGUACAACGGAAUAAAAGGUGUCAACAUCUAUUAAGAAAUGUACAAGUAGAUUUACUUGAUGCUGCCGGACUUAUACAAGAACCGCAUGCAUUGAAAGUUGCGGUAAAAAAUUUAUAUCACAAGUACAGCUCGGACGAUGAAUUUUUACGCAGUCGUAAAGCUGAUUUAGAGGCAGAAUGUGAUUUUAUCAAACAAAGAGAUCAUUUAGAGAGGACAGUGGCAUCACUCAAAAAGCACGCCUUUCGCACAUCAAGUGGAAACAAAGAUCUAGAUAAGGCAAUAUUGGAUAAUGUCACUCUUAUAACAGAAUUAAAUGCUUUAAGAGAGGAAUUAAAAUUGGCAUAUAAGCAUAUAGUAGAUAUGGAAAGUUUAUUAGGAUUAACAAAGAGAGAUAUCAAGCCGAUGGAAGCUAGGAAAAAAUUGGAAGAAGCUUGCCAUGGAUACGAACAGUUGCAAGCUGAAUAUAAAGUUGAAAUGCAGGAUUGUCAAAGUUUAAUCGUUGCAUUAAAAGAUGACAUAAAAAGGCUUUUGAACAAAUUGCCAUGUCAAGAGAUAGAAAAGUGAAACUUUUUGUACUGAGUAAUAAUAUUUAAAUCGUAUAAAUUUAAACAUUUCCCAAUGCGUUAUUGUGGAUAUUAUUA